CAGCACGGAUCGCCGCAGUGCAAAUCGGUGCAUCGUGAGACAGGCUGGCUGUGAUGAGGGAAGCCGGUUAAAGGACCCUGUGUCGCGCAGGCGCCGGUAGGAGUACAGGAAAGAUGCUGCCUUCCUCGAGAGCUUUAUUAAGCCCGCUGCUGCUUCUAAUCAUCGCUGGAAGCACCGGUGCCUUCAACUCCCGACAAGGAGAAUGCACGUUCCCGCUGAAAUGGGAAGGCACGUGGUUUCAGAGCGGAGUCAGACAGCCGAUCGUGAUCUCCAGGAACGAGCUGUCCAGCAAAGGCAGGUGCCUGCACAGCGAGGGCGACAAGUUCCUGCUGGUGGACCAGAUGCUUCGAAUAUUUGAAGCUUUGUUAUUUCUGAGGGUGAGAUACGGUCAAGGUGUAGCUGAACUCCUUGUGUCCUUAGGGACAAUAGAAUGCGAUACCGUAUUUUCGAAGCACCCUGUAUGCGAUCAAUGCACGUUCCCGCUGAAAUGGGAAGGCACGUGGUUUCAGAGCGGAGUCAGACAGCCGAUCGUGAUCUCCAGGAACGAGCUGUCCAGCAAAGGCAGGUGCCUGCACAGCGAGGGCGACAAGUUCCUGCUGGUGGACCAAAAAUCCUGCUACCGCUGCGUCGUCAUCCACGAGAAGCACUCGAACGUUCUCCAGUACAAAGAAACUUACUGUCACAGCAGGAACUCGCUGUCAUCGCUGUGCUCGUACAUCACGGGGGAUGCUCUGCUCUACUCCAUGUUCCGGGAGGACGCAACACCUGUGCCCUGCCCUUUUCGAGGACCCAUGACCUUCUCCUAUAACCGCGGUCACGGAACCUGCUCCGUACCCGUCAGCAACGUCGACACCUGCACGGACGAUAGCAGACUGUUGUUCAGAUAUCAGGCCUGUCCCGACAUAUCUGCUUCGGAGAGCGCAGUCGAAGAGCUGGAAUGCCUGGCCACCUGGAAGGAGGGCAGCAGCCGCUACCUGGUCGGCCGUUUACAUCACGGACACGCGUCCAGUAACGAAGAUCGAUACCGAUGCUUCGUCUACGAGAAGGCCGGGCAGACAGCGCAGAGUAAUCUGCACAGAGCUGCCAUGGGCAUAGGAGCCAUGGAUCACGACGUCGGUUUACAGAGCGGACCGGUGCCGGAGGGUGCGGCCGAGAUAUACCGGGUGGCGCAGAGCGGAGACGCCACUUGCAACGGGCUGUUCAGCCCCAUGGAAGGAUCUCGAACCAUGACGCUCAUGAAAGUCUCGCCACCCGGCCAGUGCCGAUUUCCCAAUUGGUUGACCGGCCAUUCCAGCGGCGGACUGACCUGGCACACCCUCGACCUGACCAGAUCUUACACGUUCCAUCCACGGAACGCUUCCCUGCACGUAACCAGAUCGAAUAGCAGUUCCUCGAGAUCCGAAAGCGGUCCGCUGGACGGCCAAUACGUUCCCGGGCAGGAGGAUCAGGAUGUGAAGAUCCUGUGCAACAGCAUCAAGCAGUCUAGUGCCGCGCAGGCGAUGGCGAUGACCAUGUUGGUCGCGCAUUUCACCGUUGGCUGCCGGAGCGGUUUCAUGUGCAUGACGUUCUACCGAAGGGACGGCCACGUGAUAGAGGUGCAAACCGGAAGCGCCGUUUCAAGGCCGGAAGAAGCUUGCAGCCCGCCCCAUUUUCAGCAGCACAACAUACCCUUCCUAACCUUAGUCACGAGCUCCCCGGAGCCACGUACGUGCCCGUACUUGGGCAAAUUUACGGUGACGGGGGUGAACCGGAACCAACGGAACAUCCGUGAAAGCCGAAGGAACCAACACCAGGAGGGCGUGAGGCGUGACAGAGAAAAAGUUCGACACGCCCAGGAACGAACCCAGGAAGAUCGACGUGGCCGGAAGCUCGACUUCGACGCGGAGAAACGCCGGGCGAACAACGAGUACCUCGUCCACGAACGAAUGGGCAGGCGCGCCAGAUCCAACCGUAACAACCGAAACCAUCGCGAUCACAGCCUCGAGGAAGCGUCCUCGAAGCGUACGCUGGAUAUCGAGGACCUGCUGCGAGACCGUUCGAGAUCGAUCGAGAGUGCAUCCAGGUCGAAAGUCAGAAGAACGCACGAGCCCGCCAAGCGUUCCGUUAAUAUGGCGCAGCGAGCCAGCAAUAGGUCGAGAAGGAGCCCGAAGAUGGAGGACUUCCGGGUGGACGCGGACGAUUUCACGCGAAUCAGGCAAUUCUGGACCAGCGAUUUCGACGAUCCGGAUGGCUCGAGCAUCCUCGAGGUUCAGGAAGAUUAUUUCGGCGAUUACCCGGACAGCGCUGAUCUGCCGAAAAAGAGGUCGGGCAGGGACGAAAGAGAAACGACCUCGAGCCUCGUCGUCGCGAGGACCAAGAGGAACGUCGAGGAGCUGGAUCCCGAUGACGGCUCUUUGGAGAGACGCGAGAAGAGGGAGGAGGAUAUCUCCAGAUGUAGCUCCGAGGUUACCACCAUUACCAUUGGCUGCUCCACCGCUGAUAGAAUGGAAUUCCAGACGGACUGCGUCGAGGACAACGCGAUCGCUUACUCCUGCCACGGUAGGUGGUUCGACGCGGAGGGCACCCAAUUCGUGAUCGCCACCCAACUGGCACCCGGGACUAGCUGGUCCAGCGAGAACAACAGGCCGCAGCCGUACAGGAACAGCCGAAGAUUGUGCUUCAUGUACAAAGAGAGCGGUGGUGUUGUCAGUUUGACUGCCAGCGAGGUGGCCUGCCAGAGGGGAAUACCUCCGCCACCGCCGAUGUUGGCCUUCAAUGCUACCAGUACCGGUCAGUGCAUGGAAGAGAACAGGGGCUUUGCUACUCGAUCGACGUACCUGAUGAUCGUCAGCCUGACGGCGAUCGUCGCGAUAUACAGGUGA